AUGGCUGGCGAGGACUCCAAAGGAGGGGCAAGCAACAGCAAAAGCCAUACCAAGAGUCACCACAGCAAAAGUCAUCAUGAUAAGAGCAGUAGGUCGGAGACAGGCACCAGGGCUACUGAGGACCUAUAUGGCAUGGAGUUGAGGGCUACAGCGAAGAAAAAGAAGAAGAAGCACGGCCAUCAUCGUCCUAAACUGAGACCUCCAACUAGCUUCCUUGCCCUUCUGUGCUGGGACUCUUGGCUCCCUUGGCCAAUUGAUUCCGAGAAAACCCAGGUCAACAAGAUAGCACACAAGCACAAGAGGUCUAAGAAGAGGACUUCUCAGUCGGGCACCUCACGUCGAGUGCAAUCUUGGGUUCAGGAGGUGUCUUCUCAAGCGACGCCCGCCGCCCCCCCGAUAUCGCCAACUGUGGCAUCUCCAGCACCAUCGGUUCCCCUUCCACAUUCAGUUUCGUCAUCCUCCGGGCCUCAGCAAGAAGCCGAAGCUGCGGAGGCAGCUUCGAAUAACGGUAAGAAUACGGCUAGAGGUGCACCCACACCAUGUAAUGCUAAAAUUAGUGAAAAGAGCCGGCCAAGAAAUAACUCAGUGCUAGUGCCAUUAACCUACCACAGUGCUCAUCGACAUAGCAGGAGUUUUGGUGCGGGUGAAAGGAUAACAGACCCCACAGCUGGUCAGUAUAUGCAGGAGGCGUACGGGAAAGAAGCGAGUAGUUUGGCCGACGAGGAUCAGAGACAGAGGCAGGUGGCUGAGUAUUGGAGGCAAAGACGGGAAGGACAGCAGCGCUUGCAGGAUGAAGAGCAUCAGAGGCUCAUGCAAAGAAAGAUGAGCAAUCGGUCUGGACAUUUGGCAUCGAUAAGAAUGCCGGCUGAUAGACGGCCACCCUCUCUGUCUGAAACAGAAAGAGUGUACGCGCAGAGGACGACAGACUGUGUGUUGAAAGGUAACGGCCCUAAAAGGAGAGGGCGAUGGGCUGUAGGUCAGAGCAUCGGGUCCAACUAUUAACCUAACGCUCGAUACGAAGAAAUGAGACCUCGCAGUCAUCCGAUGCCCAGCAUGAUAAGUGACGAACUUCGAAAAACGACGUUGCCAACGAGAGCUACAGCUAGUUCCUUUGAUGACGGCAGAGAUAUUUCGGACUAGAUAUGUAUCUGUUCAGAUUUGGUUUCCGUUUGCGAGUGCUCAGAUAAGAAAUCAUCCAUACAUCAGAUUAUUUUCUUGUUUGAAUUUCUAUUGUCGCUUUUCUGUUUCA